AUGUCUCUGCAGAAUUGUCAGUCCACUUGUUUUGAAGUGUUUGAUGUGAAAGUUGUCUGGACUCACCCUGUCGUCGUCUCUGUGCAGCGGGAACUGUUCGACAUGGAGCCAUGGGAGAGACCCCGAGAGGAGUUCAAACUCCACAAGAAACUGGGAGAGGGACACUUUGGAGAGGUGUGGGAGGCUCUGUGGACCACAGAGAACAAGAAGGUGGCCAUAAAGAUGCUGAAACAAGAGGACACAAAGCAGGACGAGUUUGUGAAGGAGGUUCAGGCGCUGAAGAGCCUCCAUCACCCGAAGCUGAUCCAGCUGUUGGCCAUGUGCUCCAGAGGAGAGCCGGUUUACAUCGUCACAGAACUCAUGAGCAAAGGAAGCCUCAAGUCGUACCUCGCCUCGGCUGAAGGCCAGGUGCUGACUUCAGCUCAUCUGAUCUACAUGGGCAGUCAGAUUGCAGAGGGCAUGGCCUACCUGGAGGACAGAAACAUCGUCCACAGAGACCUGGCUGCCAGGAACAUCCUGGUGGGAGACGAUCUGGUCUGCAAGGUGGCCGACUUCGGACUGGCUCGGAUUAUUAAGGACAGUGUUUAUACAGCCAGUCGAAGCACAAAGAUCCCCGUGCGGUGGACGGCUCCUGAGGCGGCCAUUUACCAGAAGUUCUCUGUAAAGUCGGAUGUUUGGUCGUUUGGCGUGCUGCUGUAUGAGAUGAUGUCACGUGGCAAAAUGCCUUAUGAAGGAAAAAGCAACAAGGAGGUGUUGGAUCUGCUGUCGUCUGGGUUUCGGCUGCCCUGUCCGACCCGCUGUCCUCAGAACAUUUACCGCAUCAUGAUGGACUGCUGGGCCGCUGAGCCGUCCAAGAGACCCUCCUUCCACGCCCUGCACAGCCAACUGGAUUCAAUCUAUGCCAGGAUAUAUUUCAAGACCAUAGAGGUUUAGAAAGAUGGAGACCUGGGCAGAGAAAAGGGCAGUUAUAGGGUAUAAAUGGUGUAAGAGAAGAUCCUCUGCAACUGGACUUUGGCAGAAGGAUGGACUACAGAAAUGAAGGAAUAAGGAAUGGGGGAUGAGAAAUGGCAAGGAAUAUUCUCCUCCCCCACGCAAUACACUUCCACAACAGGGUAUAUGUACUUUAAAAACACUAAGGUGUGAUAGGACAGAGGGAGGAAGAGCACAAGAAACUGGAGAGGCGAUGGAGAAGAUGCUCGCCAAAUCAAACAAAUCAGAGGGGAAACUGAGAAGGAAAAUGGCUGAAAGACAGGACAGCAGUUAAAUGAAUGACUGAAAAUAGCCUGAGAAAGGUGUGUAAAUACACUCCUAAAAGAAACUUAACACUAAACCCCUCGGCACAUUCACAGCACCAACUGUUUUUAAUUUUAUACCCUUCUGUGUUUUAUAAAUAAUAUUUUAUUACUUCUGUACGUGCCAUGUCUGUGUAUGCACACUUUGAAAUGUUAUGAAAUCACAGGUCUUUGACUGCAAAGCCAGUGCUAAAUUUGAGGUUAUGUGCAAUAAUUAAAUGCUUGCUGGGUUUUUAGCCAUGCUAGGGGCCUGGUGCUAUAGGGAUGCUAGUGCCAGUUGGUCUGUUGGUCCAACACUUUGGUCUCGAUCUUGACACAGAUUGCGUCAGUCUUCUGGCCCAGCACUUCAGUUUUUGAGGUGCAUUAUCUAAUUAUGACAACCAGCUGUACUGUACUUUCAGAGUAAAGGAUAGGUCAAAGGUACACGUUUGAAAAUAAUAGAGAAAACAGAGAAAAAUCACAUCAGCUCCAGAUGAAGAGGGAGCUCAGUGGUCGCCAUUUUGACAGUGAUGAUGACAUCAUUGCUGUUGUGGACCAUUUUCUCAGAUGGUAUUGACAUGUGAUUUAAACAUUUUUGAAACAGAAAUACCACAAAAAUUAUUAACAUGUAAGCAGAGCUGUAAGUCAUCUCCCUCUAGUGUAAGCCACAGUGUUAUCAGUUAAGGAAUGACUACAGCAGCCAAUGACUCUGUUACUUCUCAUAUGGCAUGCAAGUAUUGUUUUAAGGUAGACGUGAAAAAAAUCCUAGUUUAUUCUUUAAAAUAAUAGUGCAGCCUUUUUGGAUAUAUGCUUUUUCGUGUUCUUGCUAAGAGUUAGAUGAGAACCUUGAUGGCACUCUCAUGUCUCUACAUUAACCAGGGAGCCAAAGCCAAGAUCCUAUUAGCCUCGCCAGGGGGAAAGAGCUAUCCUGGCUCUGUCUUAAGUUAAAAAGAUACACCCACCAACACCAGUAAAACUCACCAGCUAACUGUUAUAUCUAGUUUGCUUAAGCCAUACUCAGAUAGAAAUGAGAAUACAACAAUUUUACAGUGUAUCAGUCAAGACUCCCAGUCAAUGACCUGAAGGCAACUGAACUGAGGCUUUUUGAUGAAACGUCGACAAGAACUGCCGUCAUAUAGCACUUUGUAACAGUUUUGCAGGUAGAUUAAUUAAGUACUUUAACUAUGUCUCAGUGACCAGCAGCUGUGUGUUAAUGACUGCAGUCUUCACCAGCUGUCUGGAAAACUAUUUUUGCAUAGAGACAUGAGAGCAGUAUCAAUUUUCUCAUGCUUUUAAUGCUAACAAGAAUGCACAAGUUAGCAUGCUAGCUAGAAUACAUACUAAUGCUUAGCAGUGUAGCAAUGUACUACACUGCACAAGCAUUACACAGCACAUCUAGCAUGUCAGCACUGAUCCAGUACAGCUUAGACUGAGAGAGGUUGAGCCUGAGAAGCCCUGAAAUACCCACUGUGCUAGAGUUUUAUCUCUAUUUCUCAUCCAUCCACCAGUUUUGUCCUCUGGACUCAC